AUGAAAAUUUUAGGAUUAGCCCUCCUUUUAACAAUUGCCCUUUCUUAAAGCAGAUUAUCGGUUGACGUGUAUACAGAGUCAUUAUGUCCUGAUUGCAUGGAGUUUCUCCUCAAUUCCUUGACUGAGGCUGUGGAUACUCCAGAUAUUGAUCAAAUGGUAAACAUUAGAGUAAUACCAUAUGGAAACGUAAAAAGAGUAUUUAAUAAAACUACUGGAAAAUGGCAAUUCACUUGUCAACACGGAUCUGUCGAAUGCUAUGGAAAUUAUGUUUAAUUGUGUGGCUAAAGCUUAUUAGCAUCCAAAUACCCUACCGACAACGAAAUCUUAUAAGUUUAAUGGGCCAUCUGUAUUGAUAGAAGAAUAUUCAAACCAUACACAAACACUCGUUUUGACGAAGCGGCAAAUCUCUGUGCAGCCGAUUUUGGUAUCUCAGGAUCUGCUGUCAAAGAAUGUGCUAAUGGUGACUAAGGAUACAAGUUACAUCUAGCAGCAGCCGAAGAAACUGAUGCUCUUUCACCAGCACAUCAAUAUGUGCCUUGGAUUACAACAAACAAGAAACAUAGCGUGACCGAUGAAAAUCUUAUUUUAGAAGAUUUAGUUUAAUGGGCUUGCGAUAACUACAAAGGAUAAAAAAUUGAUGCUUGUUCUACCAGAAGUGAAUGAUUAUUAUAAAUAACAAAUUAGUUUAAUAGUCAUUUUAA